AUGCCUCAAAAGAUGGAACGAAAAAAAAGCGAUAAAAGUGCUGGAGCGCAAGGUCAAGAGGUCGCCAUCCCCGCAAUUGCCAUGACGUCCAGUCUUUGCCGGUGGGGGGCCUCUUUUCCCGGCGGCGUUAGGCCGACUUGGCCGAAGCCGGGGCCGAAUGUCGGGGCAAGUGCGACAAUAGCUGAAUAA